AUGAAUCCAGUCAGCUUUUCCAACGUGGGCACUGGUGCCAUGGUCACCGGUGCCAACCCUCAAGGACCUAUGCAACCGCCUCAGAAUGCCCAGGUUCAACGGCACAUCGCUGUCGCUCUACAGAAUCAAGGGCCAUUUACGGGAUGGCGUGCGGAAGUCACUAUCCCAGACCGAGCCGGGAAAGUCCUACAGAUGAUCACGUCCCUUCGACUCAUACAGCCUCGAAUCGAAAUCCAAAACGCACUUCAGGCUGCUCUGUCAUUUGAGGAAAAGGCUUUUCGUGAAGCUAACCAGCGAGAUGAUUACGAGAAAGAGUGUGCCAGUAAACUCCACGCUAUUAAAGAAACAAGACUACGACAGCAAGCCGUGUACAACCAAGGCGGGUUAAUGCAGCACGGCGGUGCCAAUGGGGGCAUGCCGGGCGUGGUUCAUCCAAACCAAAUGCCCCCGCAAUUCACACCUCAGAUGAACAGACCGAUGCAAACGUCGCCUAUACCUGGUCAGAUGCCUAUGCACAUGGGCAUGAACGAUCCCACCAUGAUUCAACAGCAGCAGCAACAGCAAGCUUUUGCGCAAAAUCAGAUGGGACAACAACGAGUAGUGCCGGCAGGGAUGCCAGUGAUGGAUGAGCUGAGUAUGCUCAGCCAACCUGAUUUCGAACAGAUCAGUCGACUUGCAGCACAGAUGAUGUCGAAAAUGUCCCCCGAAGAUUUAGAGAAGCGGAGGAGCGUGGCAACGGCGAAGAUGACUCCUGAGCAAAAGCAAAUGAUUUCGCAAAAAUAUGGGGAUCCCUUAACUUGGAUGAUGCGACUUCAAAUACUGAAGAAUAUGAAAGCCCGACGAAGCCAACAGAUUGCUCGCGCCCAAGGUUUAGACCCCAAUGCUUCCAUGGUCGGAGGAGAUACCAUGAUGAACGCAGCCCAACGACAAAUGACUCCAAAUAUGAUGGGUUUGCAGCGGAACUCUGCUUUGCCGAUGAACAAUCAGCAAGGCUUGGACCCUUCUUCAUUCAUAAAUGUCGAGAAUCUUCAAGGACAGCAAGCAGAUGGGCUCCGUUCGCAGGAAGCUGGUCAGUUGGUUGUUCCUGCAAGUACUGCACCGAUGUCGAGCCAGCCAUCCUUCGCAGACCCUACUGGCCUGUUUCAACAGGGGGUGCCACAACAAAACGCGCAACCAAGUCUUAACCGUCCAAUUAAUCCACAACAAUUUCUGGCGCAACAACAACUACAGAAUGCCCAGAAUGCUCAGCAGAUUAGCAUGCAACAGACGCCGCAGUUUCAAGCUCAGAGUCAAGCACAGGCUCAAGCAAGAGCUCAAGCCGCACAUAAUGCAAAAAUGGCAAUGUCAUCACAAGCCGGAGUACAGAACACUGGUCAGAUGAACCAGAACAUGCCGCAUCAAAGCCCCGCGAUGCCAAUGCUCAACCGUCCAGUUGGCCCCAACAUAUCUCCAGCGCAGGCACCGGGACAAAUACGACCACCAUCACGACAACCUGGCAUGAAUGGGCAGCAACCAGGCAACCAACAACAGGCAAUGCGACCGCAGAUACCUCCAAACCUUCCACCAGCCCUUAAAGAACGAUUGGGGCAGAUGACACCGGAGCAGUUGAAUGCCUUUCUGAUUGCUCAGCAACGUCGCGCUCUAGCGAACAGCCAGGCAGCCCAAGCAGCCCGGGCAGCAAACGGUCAGCCGAUGUCAAUGCAGACUAAUAUGCCGCAGCUACCUCAAGGUGCACAAUUCAAUGGCCCGAACAUUGGCACAUCAAUGCCUAUGCAACAGUCCCUCAAUGGACUGGCUGGUGGGGUGCAGAACAAUGCAAUGCUUCAAGGGCAGCAACUGUCGCUGCAGCAACAACAGCAGCAACAGCAACAACAGGCGCUACUAAGACACCAACAAGCCUUGAUGCGUUCUCAGAGUCAGAAUAUUGACAUGAAUGCUGAACAGACCCGAGAAAUGGAUCGUAUGGCAUUCCCCCCUUCAAUGAUCAAUUCCAACGCGAACAUGAAUCCUCCAGUACCAAAGACAGUGAAGACUUGGGGUCAAUUGAAGGCAUGGGUUGUGCAGAAUCCUCAGGUCCUUGGCAACGUCGAUUCAGCGAAACUGUUGGAUCUUCAGCGUCUUCAUUUUGCGCAUACCGUGUCACAACAACGUGAAGCUGGGCGAAAUAACGAACAAGCUGGACAGCCGAAUUGGCCCGGAAAUAACCAACCGUUCAUGGCUGGUCAAAAUGUUCCAGGACGGCCACAACCCACCCUUCCCCCUGGACCUACUAUAACCCCCGAAGAGAUCAUGAAUGCCCGAAAGAGACUCGGACCACAAGCCCAGAACAUGCCUGAUGAACAACUCAAAGGGCUUCUGCUGAAAAAUAAACAGAAGAUGUGGAUGCAACAGCUCCAAGCUAGAGGAAUCUCUAUGCAGCAAAUGAAUCAACCCCAAAAUAUUCAAAACCCAAAUCAGACUCAACCGCCGCAAGUGACACCAGUGCCCACCCCCGCACCAGUCAAACAGAUAGUACCUCCAACGACCCAAGCUCCUCAACCAGCACAGACCCCACAGACAACCAACGCCAAAGUCCAGCCAACAUCGACAGGUGGUAAAGGAGCGAAAGGUGGAGCUGCUGGCAAAUCAACGUCCAAGAAGAGACCUCAUAGUGAUGAUGUCGUUGAAAUUCAAAAUCCCAAGGCUCAGCCACCUUCGCAAGCGCCUGCUCAAUCAGCUGUAGCAUCUGCCCCUGCGCGUCCACCGCUUAAUCUCACUAGGGAGCAGCUUGCUGCACUGUCUCCUACGCAACGGUCCCAGCUUGAAGCUCACAUGAAACAACAACGACAACCCCGGCCUCAGUUAUCUAGAAUUGCAGCAGAAGAGAACUGGAACACUACCCUACCUGACCAACUCAAGCAUUGGUACAACGAAAUGGCCAAGGCCGUCAUUCCUAAUUCAGGACCCAUGGACAUUUCCGCAGAAGACAAGGCAGUAAUGGCCCAGCAGUUACGGGAAUCCACUGACAUGUUAUCGAGGUUGGACACACUCGUUCAAUGGCUGAUUAAGCUCCCAAAUCAAGAGAAAAAUGUCAAAGCUCUUCUUUCUAUGCGGAUUCAACUCAUGAAACAAUUCAAAUCGACGGAAUGGGCCGUAAAUGAUGAGUUUACAAUUGCUCCAGACUAUCUGAAGAGGUCUAUUGCUCUCAUCAAGAACAUGUUUACGUCGAUGAUCACCAAAGUCCAGAGUCAACAACUUCAGCAAGGACAGAAAUUAAGAACUCCAAUGCCGCCUUCUGGUGGCCAACCACCUCUGAACGCGUCUAAUCUCCAGCAGCUGGAAGAGGAGGCGAAGCGAGCUCGACGGACACAGAAUCAAAACGUUCCUGCAGCACCUACUGCAACGCAGCCGCCGUUCCCAUUGGGAGAUCCUUCUCCUCAAGGCGUACCGCAAGCCUACGGACCCGGCGGAUUUUCUCCGGACAAGCUGAAAAUUCCUCCUACCAAACGUCGGAAGCAAAGUCACGCAUCAGUUGCAGCGGCACAGGGUAGUGCUGCAGCCAAGGCUGCAUCAAAAACGGAUGUCGCAAAAGCCUCAUUAUUCAAGUGUGCCAUUUCUGGCUGUGAAUACCAGAUCAAGGGCUUCCCUACGCAAGCUGCUUUGAGUAAACAUGUGGAAGAUGAGCAUAGAGUCAAAGAGGAGAUCACUGAUCCAUUGAAGUACAUGGUUGACAGUUUGGAUGUCGCACUUGGCGUGCCAGAAACAGACAAAGGAGUUUUGGAGGACGAAGUUGAUAAGAAGCCGAUGCCCAGCGAAGCUUCAGUCGUGAAGCAAGAAGUUAAAACUGAAGGCAUUACUCCUGCUACUGGCGGUGCUACUCCAAUGAGUCGGUUGAUAAGCCAGACAGAUGCUAAGAUCAUAUCACCAGCAUCUACCAGUACAAUGACGCCGCGUCUGCAGGCUGCAAAGAUGACUAAAGCGGCUCCCGCUAAACCAGUCAAAGCUGGUGCUAAGACGGAGGUGGCGAAAGCUCUUAUUGAACAGCCCCCUGUUGCAGAUAACACAGUUGCUAAAGACGCAUGGACCGACAGCAAGGUGUCUCUUGAUGCCAUUCAAGAGACGUUCGACAUACCGAUGACUGAUAGCUUCCCUGGUAUGGGAGGAGAAUUUUUCGAAAUGUUCCUCAACUCAGAUAUGUUUUCGAAUCAAAAUGAGGACACGCCGGACUCGGUUGAUAGCAACGCAUUUGUCACGCAGACACCGAAUGACGGCGACCUGGCCAAGGAUGACUCGGCAAUUCAGAUCAAAGAUAUCGAAGAGGAUGGUUCUUGGCCUGCUGAUUGGUUCUCCCACCCAGGACCAGUGUUUUCUGGAAAUGCAAACGAUGACCCAUGGAUGGACUGGGAAACUGUGAACAAAGAGCUUGAGGGUGCACCUCUCAACAAGGGUCUUUCAUUCUCAGUAUCAUGA